CACGAUCUUCUACCCUAUUCCAUGUACCAUUUCUUGACGAAGAGUUCCCUGGCACUGGGGACUUGGUGACUAAAAGAAUUCUGAGUUCUCUAACAGAUUUCUAAGACCAGCAUAGCUUUCAGCCACAUCAUUCAUUUUCCAUCGUAAUCGCUGGUUACAGUCGUUGGUUGUUGCUCCACAGGCGUUUUAAUUGGUAUUUAAACUUAAUUUCAAUUACAACUGAAAGACCCGUUUCAUAAAUUCACCAGAACAGCCUCUUUAAUAACCAUCUGAGUUUUCUUUGUGUAUUGAUUCUAAAAAGCAUCUUAGCAGGUUUGUUAAAAGCAGACGUAUUGUUGCAUUUUCUCCAGAGGUCUUAAUGAAAUAGCAAUCAAGGAAACAGUCGGGACUUCAACAUGCCUUUCCAUGUGGAAGGGCUGGUGGCCAUAGUUGUAUUUUACCUGGCUAUCCUGGCAGUUGGGAUAUGGGCUGCUUGGAAAACCAAGAACACUGGCAGCGAAGGAGAUCGCAGCGAAGCUAUUAUAGUCGGUGGAAGAGACAUUGGCUUGCUAGUUGGUGGAUUUACAAUGACUGCCACAUGGGUUGGAGGAGGUUACAUCAACGGGACAGCGGAAGCUGUAUACGUCCCAGGCUAUGGUCUAGCUUGGGCUCAGGCACCUAUUGGUUAUUCCCUUAGUCUGGUUUUAGGUGGUCGUUUUUUUGCAAAACCCAUGCGAUCCAAAGGCUAUGUGACAAUGCUAGACCCUUUUCAGCAGAUUUAUGGAAAAAGGAUGGGAGGUCUCCUGUUUAUUCCAGCUUUAAUGGGAGAAAUGUUCUGGGCUGCUGCCAUCUUCUCAGCCUUAGGCAGAAGAUUGCAGUCUUUGCAGAGCUUGAGCAGUUCUGUAAGUAAGGAAAAGCUGUUGGGACCCUUCUCUUCUCCAUUUGGUGCCACCAUAAGUGUGAUCAUUGACAUUAAUAUCAAUAUUUCAGUCAUUGUUUCUGCCCUGAUUGCAACUAUGUACACUCUUGUGGGUGGGCUUUAUUCUGUGGCCUACACCGAUGUAGUUCAGCUAUUCUGCAUCUUCCUGGGGCUGUGGAUCAGUGUACCCUUUGCGAUGUCCCAUCCUGCAGUAACAGACAUUGGGUUCACAGCUGUGCACCAGGUGCACCAAGCACCUUGGCUCGGAUCUAUCAACUCACUUGACAUUUACACAUGGCUGGACAAUUUUCUUUUACUGACAUUAGGAGGAAUCCCAUGGCAAGCAUAUUUCCAGCGGGUUCUUUCUUCAUCAUCUGCCACAUAUGCUCAAGUUUUGUCAUUUCUGGCUGCUUUUGGCUGUCUUGUGAUGGCUCUUCCUGCAAUACUCAUUGGUGCAAUUGGAGCAUCCACAGCCUGGAAUCAGACUGAGUACGGUGUCCCUGACCCCAUGACUAAAAAAGAAGCGGAUAUGAUUUUACCGAUUGUGCUCCAGUACCUUUGUCCAGUCUAUAUCUCAUUCUUUGGCCUUGGUGCGGUAUCUGCUGCCGUCAUGUCAUCGGCUGACUCUUCGAUUUUAUCAGCAAGUUCUAUGUUUGCUCGGAACAUUUACCAGCUCUCAUUUCGGCAAAAUGCCUCAGACAGGGAAAUCGUAUGGGUCAUGAGAAUCACUGUUUUUCUGUUUGGAGCAUCAGCAACAGCAAUGGCACUGCUGGCUUCAUCUGUUUACGGCCUGUGGUACCUCAGCUCUGACCUUGUUUAUAUCAUCAUAUUCCCUCAGCUCCUCUGUGUGCUAUUUAUUAAAGGAACCAACACCUAUGGUGCCAUUGCAGGAUAUUUAUUUGGCCUCGUUCUCAGAAUAACUGGAGGAGAACCGUACCUUUACCUUCAGCCCUUGAUCUACUAUCCUGGCUGCUAUCCAGAUGAAAACAAUAUCUAUAUCCAGCGAUUCCCAUUUAAAACACUUGCAAUGCUUACCUCCUUCUUUACUAACAUUAUAGUCUCCUACAUAGCCAAAUACUUAUUUGAGAGUGGGACUUUACCACCAAAGCUGGACUUCCUUGAUGCUGUGGUUGCGAGGUACAGCAGAGAACACAUGGACAAAGCAACUCUUGUAAAAAGUGACAAUAUUGUAUUAAACGAACUUGCACCUGUAAAUCCACGACACAGUCUGACUUUGACUUCAACAUUCACAAACAAGGAAGCCUUUAAUUAUGUUGAUUCAAGUCCAGAGCUGUCCAACACUGAAGAUAAUUAAAAAGUCCUAUACCCACAGACAAAGCAAUGCAAAGCAGGGUAUUCUACAAAGAAUAGUCAGAGGCAUUUUAUCAGAAGAAAAACAAAACUUUGGAAUAAAAUACCACUUUAAGUUGGUUCUAUGAGCAGGAGCAGCCCAUAGGAGGAACUCUUAGCUGGUGUUAUCUGACAUGUUGGAUAAGAUCAUAGUCUGUUUACUGAAAGAUACACUCGGAUCCCUUUCUUUACACCCAGAACUAUACACUAUGUAAUUAAAAAAAUAUUUACAAUUGAAAAUGUAAGUAGGAGAAAAGUGCAACAGUUAUUUAGCUAAGACAUCAUAUGAAGAAAUUAUAAUACAGUCACUUUAAAAUACUAUCAGUCAACAUUUUAUUGGAAUUGUAUGAAAAUAUAUUGUCACAGCUAUAAGUGAUUUAUUACUAAACAGCUAGUUGCCUGGGCAGACAGAUAUAUAACUUCCUUGGGUUUUUGGUCUGGUAUUCUUUUCCUCAUAAAGUGUUUCAAAGAAUACAAAUCUAGUAUUUUAUAAUUUGUAUAAGACAGCAAAAUGUGCAAAUAUUAAUAAAUUCCUUAUGGGAGUGCUAAACAUUACAUAUUCAUUAAAAAAAGAAGAUUAAAUCACAGGUUUAAAGUGAUGUUAUACCUAAUGCAAGAUGACCUUAAGCAAAGCAUGUAAUUAUAGGUGUUCUUUUUCCUGUGUUUAGUGGCUGUCACCAAUGGAGGAUAACAACAAUUUUAAAGCAAUAAUUGGAGUUGAAACUCAACUUGUGAAAAAUGACAGAACUUUUAUGAACUGAAUAGAACUUUGCAAUGUUGUAGAAAGAAGCCUUAUCUUGAUUUAUCAUCAAAAUGAACACUAAGCAAAUCAGUCUGGCACCGAGCAACCACAACAAUGGAGCAAAUAUUGAAAAGUAAAGAGAAUGAAGGAGGCUGCUCGAAAAAAUUAAGAUUAAAGGGCUUUCCAUGGGGAAAAUGCCCCUUUUUCACUUAUUUAAAAAAAAAAAAAAAAAAAAAAAAAGCAUAGUCUCAAAUACAACAAAAAGUCUUUGGGGUUGGACUUGCUGGGAUUACUCUGGAAAGAGUAAAUUUUCCAUGGAAAAUCACCUUUUCUCAAAAAAUUGAUUUCCUAUGGGAAGAGAAGCUUGGUGGAGAGCUUUCCAUGUCUAUAAGUGUCCACCUCCAGAAGCAGCAGCAGCUUGGAGGGGAUCUGAAAGGAAAGCUGAACCCACAAGCACAGCAAAACACACAGCAUUGUCUAUAUAGACUAGACUCCUUUAUAACAGCUAUCCUCCUGGGCAAACUUCGUGCCUCUGAGGAGCACCAGCAGCAUUCAGACCAAGGUGUGACUUCACUCAUAAAUUGUACAGCUGGCUAGGAACAUCAAAGUAGAGAGAUUAAGCCUCUUCUGACUUCGGUCUGGCCAGCAGGGAACAUGCAAUUUUGUUUCCGUUUGCCCACGGCUGAGGUGAUUGUGUCUGUCCUCAUUGGUACUGUGCCUUUCACAGUGGAAGAUCUAAUAGUCAGUACAAUUAAGAGUUAUGCUCCAGUAAUUCUUUUUAAUAUCUACGCGUGAUACAAAACAUGCAAGUGAAAUCCAGAUAUCCUCCUCUUGCUAGUCACUGGUGAAAAUUUCUUCUUAACAUCUACAGCAGGAGGAAAUAUGCUGGAGGAUAGAAAGAGUAAGAAUAGGUUUUGCUGCUAAAGGAAGAAGCCAUCAACUUGUACAUUCAGUGUUGACAUAAGCUUUCUCAAGGUUGAAUCCUUAGAUAUGUUUUUGCUCCUUUUGUGGAGUUUUAAUGGCAUAUAUAUAUUUAAUAUGUAGAUAAAAUUAAUUUUAGAGAUAUUAUUUUUUCCUGCAUACAGUGCAUUAGGAAUAAUACUACAUUUGAGUUCUGGGUAUGCAUUGUGAACUGCAGUAUUACUGUGUGAACAAGUAUUGGGUGUGCUCUGGGUGGAGGAAAUCAAAAUCAAGAUCUACACCAAACCCCAGAAUAGUCAAUAUAGCAAAGAAAAUAUAAGUUCCUCUGGGGUGAGUGAACAAGCUACUGAUGAAUUUCAGGGUGCUGCAGAUCUCACAAACCAGACACAAGCCCAGACUGUUCAUUGCCUAUUGAACAAUGGAAAAGAGAAGCAGAAAGAAAUCACAUGGAAGAAAGAGAGGGAAGAACAGAGCCACUGAUGAAUUAUUAUCCAUUUCUGACCCAAAUCCACUAGCCUGAAUCCCUUUUUAUGAGGAAAUACCAAGUGAGUUUUACCUGCUUCCAUAGCCAAUGCUUUACAUUGAGGUUUCAAAUUAAGUUAGGGGAUCCUGAUUGACAGCUACCUAUAAAUUUUCCUGAAAUUUUUAUCUUACUUUUGUUUUGUCUAGGAAUUGGUAAAAUUUCACUAUGAGAGGCUGCAUAUUGGCCAGCAGCAUUUCUGUAUUAUGUAUUUCAAAAUUCUCAAGAGUGGGAGGAGAGGGAAAUGGGCAAGGGGAUUCAGCUGGACUCUUUUAAGGUAUUUUAAUUCUCUUGUAUUCCCUCAUUUCUAUAAAAACAUAAAGGCUUUUAAAAUGCUUAAUAUGAAAUGUUAAAUGAAAAAUUAAAAUGUGUUGGUCCAAAAAUUUCAACCCAGAUGCUUUCAACAUUAUCAGAAUAUUUUAUACUGUUUGUCCUAUUGAAUAUUCUUGUGAGAUCACUGUGAUUUUGCAAGUUUUCCUGUUUAGAUGGAACUACACUUUCUGGGAGAAAAUGGUUCCUACAAGGUUUUCCAGUCCUCUCUGAGGAAACUGAAAGGUUAUUGCACUGUUACAAGCCAUGGAAGGUUUAUCAUGCAAAAGGUAAAAGCAACACAGAAGUCUGUUCAUAGUUUGACCUCAGCUCUGCUUUCUACAUGGCAAGUCUCCGUGUGUGUCUUUGCAUGAGUCCAACAAUGGCUGCAGUGGCUGCACUGGUGGGCUGCACUGUGGACUGGAUGAUUUCACAAUCCAAACUAAAACAAUCCAUGCAAAGUCUGUUUACAAGUUUUCUUGCCUUAGUUCAUCUAUCCUACCAUUAGAUUUAUACAAAGCUGAUCAUAUAACCAAAGGCUGUAUCUAUGACAGCUGCAGAAAAAAAAAAAGAAAAAAGACAAGAAAAGAAAAAAAAAAAAAAAGAGAGAGAGAGAGAGAGAGAACAGAAUACAACCAAGUUGUUUCUACAAGCAAAAUGCCAAUAGGAUGUGAUUCUUCAAGUAGACUUUAUUUUCCUGUGAAUCAUCAAAUGUUCCUUCUCCACUUUUGCUAUUUGUAGACAGUAGUAGUGUGUGCAGUAAAUUUGGUCUACAAUCAGUGAAGUAAACAGCUCGUUUUCAGACACAGAGGUUACUGUUUCUGAGCCUAAGAUUUCUAGAUAAAAUAUUCAUAUCAAGAUCAUACACUUCACUUUUGGAUUCUUAACAUCUGUGAAUAACAAUUAUUUGACAGGUUUUUUUACCUCCUUUGCAUGAAAUGUGUUCAUAAAAUCAAAGUCAAUACGUAGCUGAGACAUCAAAAAAGUUAUAAUUUCAUCUAUAUUUGUCCAUAUGGGAUAGUAUAUGUAUUAUAAAUAAAACAUGCUUUUGUGAACCUGAACUGAAUGUAAACAUUAAGUGAUCAAAUAAAGUAAAAGUCAGACUUAGUCUUUUAUUUUCUUAUAGUGCAAUAAUUUAGGAUUUCAACUAUUUCUCGUAGGAAAAAAAUUGUUACUCAUUUUCCCUUCUGCCCUUCAAGCAUAUUUGAUCAAGUACCAUGUGCAGUUAGACAGUGAGUUAUUGUAAGUCUGUUAUUAAUCAGGGCAGUAUUUGUGGCUGUUGUUAAAAAUAAAAAAGUAUAUUUUUGUCUGUGUCAGAGAUGUUAUAUAAAGACUAUAACUAACAAAGCAGAUAAGAAGCAUAAUAUAGAUAUAUAUGUUUUAACAUCAUUUGUAUUGUAUUCAAUAGUGCCCAUGCAAUUCAGGAAAAUACUGUCUAGUUUUGGGUCUGUUUUGUCCAUCUAUUAAAAAUAAAGGCAUUUAUUUUAUUA